AUGCAAAAAAAAAAAAAAAAAAAUAGCUCUCUCUCCUAAAUAUAUAUUUUCUUCCAUUUUGCCGAUGCUCUGAGAGAUUCGCCCUUUGAAUUUUUUGCUAUAUCGAAUUAAGCUUUCAAUCGGCUUAAAAAUGGCAUCUAUGUUUCUUAAAGGGAGUGGUAGUAGUAAUAAUCCAGUGUCUCCAUUGAUAUCAAUUCAAGAAAAAGGUAGUAGGAAUAAGAGGAAGUUCCGGGCUGAUCCGCCCUUAGGUGAUCCGAAUAAGAUUAUAACUGCACCUCAAAACGGUUGUCCGAGUUAUGAAUUUUGUGCUGAGAAGUUUGACAUCAACCCAAACCAUGGUCAGGCUAGUGCAUGCGACUUGUGUGGUGUAGGCGAAGAUCAUUGCAACGGAUUAAAAUUCGACCUGGGAUUUCCUAGCAUGGUAGGUUCUUCCGAGGUUUGGCCAAGUCGAUCUAGAGAGGAGCUAGAAGCUGAUGGGUUCCAAGAUGCUGAUGGGUUCCAAGAUGCUGAUUGGAGUGAUCCUACGGAAUCUCAGCUGGAAGAACUUGUUUCAAGCAAUUUGGAUGCGAUAUUCAAGAGUGCAAUAAAGAAAAUUGUUGCUUCUGGUUACACUGAAGAAGUGGCUACUAAGGCAGUCUUGAGGUCUGGCCUAUGUUAUGGUUCUAAAGACACUGUCUCAAACAUAGUGGAUAAUACCCUAGCAUAUCUUAGAAGUGGCCAAGAUAGUAAUCCUUCAAGGGAUCACUGUUUUGAGGAUCUGCAGCAGCUGGAGAAGUAUAUAUUAGCAGAAUUGGUUUGUGUUCUUCGAGAGGUUCGGCCUUUCUUCAGCAUCGGGGAUGCAAUGUGGUGCUUGUUAAUUUGUGACAUGAAUGUCUCACAUGCUUGUGCUAUGGAUGGUGAUUUAAUAAAUGGUUUUGUUGGCCAUGGAGGUUCAAAUGGGAGAUCUUUUACUUUCAACCACCCCCCAUUGAAGACAGAAACCAAAACUUCUGAAUUGAACCUUCCGAAUCCUUGUAAACCUGUUCCAUCUAUUACUUGUUCUCAUAUUUCUCUACCUGAGGUACCAUCUAUAGGAAUCCAUGACACAACAAAAUCAAAGAAUUCCCUUGUUCUAAGUGGUAUAGUCUCGGAGAAGGAGUGCACAAACUCCAUUUCUGACGGUGCUGAUAAAACCUUCUCUGCAGCAGGAACGUCUCAGUCUUCAACAAUGGAAGAGAAGUUUGUGGGUAGAAAGAUUCACUCUUCCAAGAGAGAUUAUAUUCUUCGGCAAAGGUCACUUCAUCCGGAUAAAAACUAUAGGACAUGUGGAUCUAAAGGGUCAUUGAGAUCUAAAAUGAACGGUUUUGGAGAUUUAAUCACGGACAAGAAACUAAAAUCAGUCUCUGAAUCUGCUGCUGUCAAUGUAAAAAAUGCAUCCUUGAAAACUAAGGCAAUGGGAGCUGAUGUCCUUCAAGAUAAUGGGAGUCACAAUCUUUCAGUUAAUUCAGAUCCCUCUUCUUCUGCAACAUUUUGCUUAGAUAAUGGUAAUCAUACUUCUCCACCAAUAAACAUGCCACCUGAAUUAUCACCCAUGAAUAACCCGUGUUCACCUGCAUUAUCAACUGCCAAUACGGAGCUUUCCCUCUCAUUGCCCACCAAGAGCAAUUCAACUGUAGUGCAUACUGUUUCUCAUUUCAGGGCUACUAAUUCGAUCUUUUCUGGGAUGUCGAAUGAUAAAUCCUUGGGGCAGUGGACCCCUCAGGAUAAGAAAGAUGGGAUGAUUCUGAAGCUCGUCCCAAGAGUGCAGAAACUGCAAAAUCAGCUCCAGGAAUGGACAGAGUGGGCCAAUCAAAAGGUUAUGCAGGCUGCUUGUCGACUAAGUAAGGACAAAGCUGAACUCAAGACUUUGAGGCAAGAGAAAGAAGAAGUUGAGCGGCUUAAGAAAGAGAAAUUGAGUUUGGAAGAAAACACUAAGAAGAAGCUCAUCGAAAUGGAUGUUGCUUUGUCCAAGGCUAGUGGGCAGGUGGAACGUGCCAAUGCUACUGUCUGCAGGCUUGAGGUGGAAAAUGCAGCACUACGGCAAGAGAUGGAAGCUGCGAAAUUACAUGCAGUGGAGUCGGCAGCUAGCUGUGAGGAGUUAUCAAAGAGGGAGAAAAAAACACUCAUGAAAGUUCAGUCUUGGGAGAAGCAGAAAGCUUUACUCCAGGAAGAGCUCAUGACCGAAAAACGCAAGGUUGCCCAGAAACAACAGGAAUUACAGCAGGCUAAAGUUCUCCAAGAACAGCUUGAGGCUAGAUUGAAACAAGAAGAAAAGGCGAAGGAAGAAAUACUUACUCACGCUUGCUUAGUACGAAAGGAACGAGAAGAAAUCGAGGCUUCAACGAAAUUAAAAGAGGAGAUGGUGAAGUCAAAAGCAGAAACUAGUUUGCAGAAAUACAAAGAGGACAUUCAGAGACUCGAAAAGGAAAUCUCUCAAUUGAGACUGAAGACAGAUUCUUCAAAAAUUGCUGCACUUCGAAGGGGCAUCGACGGAAGCUAUGCUGGAAAGUUUACGGAUAACAGGCACUGUACAGGUCAAAAGGAACCCCGAACCCCUCUUACAGUGAUAGAUUUCCACGAGUUCUCGGGGAAAGGAGUCGUGAAACGCGAACGGGAAUGCGUGAUGUGCCUUUUGGAGGAGAUGUCGGUGGUGUUUAUCCCGUGUGCUCACCAGGUCGUUUGCAUUGCGUGCAACGAGCUUCACGAGAAGCAGGGCAUGAAAGACUGCCCGUCGUGUAGGAGUCCGGUCCAGCGGCGUAUUAAUGUACGUUAUGCUCGCUCUUAAACUUUUAAUAUCGGAAGUCGAGAAUUAUGAAAUAAUGAAUGUUUGUGGGACUCCAUUUGAAAUUGAAAUAAUCCAUUUGAGUUAUACCUUUUGAGA